AUGCCGCGAAGGAGCAAGUGGAUGCAUCUGCUGGCCGGCAUCGUCGCCGGAGUCACGUUGGGUGUUUUUUUGAUAUUGUGUUUGAGGACUUCCUCGCGGUCUGUGGAAACAUGUCCGGUCGCGGCCAAGACGUAUGUGGCUCCGGACCCCCUGGUGUUGAUAGAUUUAAAACCGGACGAAAACAUACAAAAUUCUAACAGAACUUUAGUGUUUGUCGGUGUGAUGACCGCGGAACAGUAUCUGACCACUAGGGCCAGAGCGGUGUAUGACACCUGGGCUCAAGACUUACCAGGAAGAUUGGCGUUCUUUAGUUCGGAAGUAUCGCGGGCCCCGGGUCUGCCUCUAGUGUCGUUGCGAAACGUGGACGAUAGUUACCCUCCUCAAAAGAAGUCAUUCAUGAUGUUGUUGUAUAUGUACGAGAAUUACGGUGAUAGGUUCGAGUGGUUCAUGCGCGCGGACGACGAUGUUUACGUGAGAGGUGAUAAGUUGGGGCGGUUCUUGAGGUCCGUGGACAGUAGGAAGCCGCAGUUCAUAGGACAGGCGGGCAGAGGGACCAACUCGGAGAGGGACGCUCUGGCUUUAGAUUACAACGAGAACUUCUGUAUGGGAGGGCCGGGAGUACUGAUCUCGAGGGAGACUCUCCGGCGAGUGGCUCCUCACGUGAAGUACUGUCUGAAGCAUCUUUACACGACGCACGAGGACGUCGAGCUCGGCCGCUGUGUCGCAAAAUUCGCCGGAGUAUCCUGUACCUGGAGUUACGAUAUGCAGACCAUACUUCAUCACAACAGUAGUGGCGCCGCGGCCUACACCGGUCGUCUGAAGAAACGAGAGGUCCACAGAGCGAUCACCCUACACCCUGUGAAAGACCAUCGACAGAUGUACAGAUUACACACGUACUUUAAGAAUCUUCACAUCCAAAGUCUUCGAGAGCAAUCGUUGGACCUCCACAGAGACAUCGCCUCUUCAGUGCACGAGCUCGGCGUGAAGAUGGAUCAAGUGGCGGAUUACGAGCUCGAGCCCGGGGUGCCGCUGUUCCCCGCUAAGAUCGGAGAGCCGGGGUACUUGGGGAAUAAUCGGAUAUUAGGAGCCCCGGUGGACUUCAACAGGUUCAAGGCGGACACCUUAGAAGACAUAGUGCCGUUCGACUUCAUCAGCAAGUCCAUCUACUCCAUCAGUCACUCCAACCCCAAGAGGAGGAUUGAAACUCCUCUGAAGGAAGCUAUAGAUGAUAUUAUUAGAGAGGUGAUGGAGAUCAUCAACGGUCCGUCCCGCCAGCGCGGGCGGGUGAUCGACUUCAACGAGCUGCUGUACGGGUACGUGAGGCUGCAGCCGCUGCAGGGCGUGGACACGGUGCUGGACCUGCUGCUGCAGUACAGGAGGUACCGCGGCAGGAAGAUGACCGCCGCCGUGCGCAGGCACGCAUACCUGCAGCAGACAUUCGCCGCUACGGAGAUCCGUGAGUUACCGAUGGGUGAACCUCCGCCGGCCGAGGACCCGCAGCUGUUGGAGAGACUUGACCAGCUUGAGGACGAAGACUUGGAAGAUACGGAGAGAGGAAGGACCAGUGGGCUGUUGGACAGGAUCAAGGUGAGGGAGGCCUUCCAACACGGACUCUCACAACUAAGGAACGGACUGCCCAAGAUACUCAAGUGGAGCGACGACUUCGAAUAUCCGAUAUACGACCGACGGAUACACUUCAUCCUGCCGCUGAUGGGACGCGCGGAGAUAUUCAACCGGUUCAUGAAGAACUACGAGGACAUAGUGCUGAGGAGCGACGAGACGGUCAGCCUCAUAGUGGUGCUGUACAUGGACAGCAAGAAGCCGCUGGACUAUGAGAACUCGGAGGCCUUGAUCACCAGCUACAAAGAUAAAUACGGCAAGGACAUACGAUUGGUGUCCAUGGGCUCGAGAACAUUCUCACGCGGCGCCGCGCUCAGCGCCGGGCUUGAUCUCAUAGAAGACGACCAACUAGCCUUCUUUGUAGACGUAGACAUGAUGUUCAACCAUAUAUCACUUAGAAGGAUCAGAAUAAACACCAUCAAGUAUCACCAAGUGUACUUCCCCAUAGUAUUCAGCGAGUACAACCCUGAAGUAGUCUACGGGGAUGAUUACAACAAGUUUAAAGGCGAGACGCUGGUCAUGAAGAGCGACCUUGACAAAUACGUCGCCAACGACGAAAAGUUAACCGCGACUCAGCUAGCUGAUAUCAAGUACAGCAAACAGAUUAACGAUGACUUUGGAUACUUCAGGCAAUACGGGUUCGGGAUACUCGGGAUAUACAAGUGUGACUUCAUGAGGGUCGGGGGCUUUGACCUCAACAUCAAAGGCUGGGGUCUAGAAGACGUGCAGCUGUUCGAGACCUUGAUCAAAUCCAACCUCACUGUGUUCAGGAUCGCCGAUGAAACCCUCGUACAUAUCUUCCACUCGGUGGACUGUGAUAAGAAUUUAGAGAAGAGUCAGUUCCUCAUGUGUCUAGGAACUAAGGCUUCUACGUACGGGAGUGAUAAACAUAUGUAUUAUUACAUGUUGAAUCAUCCGGAAUUACUCUGGCCUCAAGAACAGAAAGGAACGAGCUAG